GCCAACUUAUCAUCGUGUUGGAACAUGGAACCAUAUCAGCAUCAAUGGCAUGGUGCUUCCAACGCCCACAAAUGGCCUCCUCUUCCUCCAUUUCUGUACAGCCUUCCUCCUCCAACGCUCUCUGUAAGUUCCCAUCAACUCUCACUUCCUUCAAUUGCCCGUGUUCGUCUUAUUUUCCCACUUUCUUUCCUCCCAAACACGCACUUCGUUUAGUUCUAGUAGGAGAUGGACUUCCACGAAAGUUUUCUCCCACAAGCAGAGACCGUAAACCUUCGAAAAGACCUUCGUCUUUGAUGACCCAGAAGCUAAGCGAAACUGGGUCUCGUCAUUUUGGGUCUGGAAAUGAAACCCUGGUCAAGAAAUCUGUGGAAGAAUUUGUUGAUUCGGAAGUGGAGGAGAAAAAUGAGAAAAACACUAGGAAUAGCUCGGGUUCUCGUGAAGGAACGAGAAUGGGUUCUGGGGUUUCUUUUCUCAAGUCUAGAAGUAGUAGUGGUUCACUGAAAGCUUCUGGGGGUUUAAGGAAUGGUGAGAAGAUUAAGGAAAAGAGCAAGCGAAAUCGGGUGGUUGAGGAGAGGGGGAAGUUUUCUAAAGGGAAUAACGAAAUCUCACUGAGAGCGAACUUGGAUAUGUGCUCUAAGGCAGGGGAUUUUAUGGGCGCAAUUGAAUUGUAUGAGUGGGCUCAAAGGGAAGGAAUUAAGCUGGAGCAAUAUCAUUAUGCUGUCAUUUUGUAUCUUUGUUCCUCGGCAGCUUUGGGUGUUAUUCAGCCCGCUAAAAGUGGUCGUGGUAACCGAACUUCGAAUUCAUUAUCUCUGUCUGUGGUGCCUUCUUUUGAAAAUCCCAUUAAUCUAGAUGAAGAACAUUCAAAGAUGAAUUCUGUUUCAAAGAGUGAAGGUCGUGGAAGUGUUGGAUGGACAGAGUUGAAUACCAAAAAUGAUAGAAGUAAAUUGGAUGGAAUUGACAAUAAGGAGAAUAUAGUUCAAUUUACAAAUGGGUCUAUGGUGCCUAAAGUUUGGAUUUUAGAUGAGAAGAGACAUUCAAAUAAAUUGGUGGAUGAGCAUUUUAAAAAAUAUGCUCUCGAAAGAGGAUUCGAGAUCUAUCAGAAAAUGUGCGUGGAAAAGAUCCCAAUGAAUGAAGCAACCUUGACAUCUAUGGCCAGAAUGGCAAUGUCCAUGGGUGAUGGUGAUAUGGCCUUUGCUAUGGUAAAGCAGAUGAAGCCAUUAGGACUUAGUCCUCGGUUGCGAUCUUAUGGCCCUGCCCUAUCUGCAUUCUGCAAUAAUGGGGAAGUAGAUAAAGCAUUUUCAGUUGAGAAGCACAUGUUGGAGCAUGGUGUCUAUCCAGAGGAGCCUGAGUUAGCAGCACUUUUAAGAGUAAGUAUAAAUGCAAGUAAAGCCGAGAAGGUGUAUUAUUUGUUGCAUAAACUAAGAACAAGUGUAAGACAAGUAUCACCCUCUACUGCAGAUCUUAUUGUUACCUGGUUCAAGAGCAAGGAUGCUGCAAAAGUGGGAAAAGUAAAACUGAAUCAAGAAAAGAUAAAGAAAGCUAUAGAAAAUGGGGGUGGAGGUUGGCAUGGACUGGGAUGGUUGGGAAGAGGUAAAUGGAGUGUUUCAUCUACGAAUGUUGGAAAGGAUGGCUUGUGUAAAUCCUGUCGGGAAAAAUUGGCAACAAUUGAUCUGGAUCCUAUUGAAACUGAGAAUUUUGCUGAAUCUGUUGCAACUAUAGCCACACAAAAAGAGAAAAAUUCAAGUUUUCAGAAAUUUCAAAAAUGGCUAGAAUAUUAUGGACCAUUUGAAGCAGUGAUAGAUGCCGCAAAUGUUGGCCUAUUUAGCCAAAGAAAAUUCACACCAUCUAAAGUCCAUCUAAUUGCCAACGGGAUACGGCAGAAGCUUCCUUCAAAGAAGUGGCCUCUGAUUGUAUUGCAUAACAGGCGAAUCACUGGACGUAAGAUGGAUGAACCAGUAAAUAAAACAUUGAUCGAGAAGUGGAAAAAUGCCGAUGCACUAUAUGCAACGCCUACUGGGUCAAAUGAUGAUUGGUACUGGUUGUAUGCAGCAAUCAAAUUCAAGUGCUUAAUCGUGACGAAUGAUGAGAUGAGAGAUCAUACAUUCCAACUUCUUGGAAACGAUUUCUUCCCCAGAUGGAAAGAAAGGCAUCAAGUGCAUUUUAGUUUCUCUGCUACUGGUCCAGUAUUUCACAUGCCUCCACCCUGUUCUGUCGUAAUUCAGGAAUCGGAGAAAGGACAUUGGCAUGUGCCCAUUGCAUCAGAGCAUAGUUAUGAAGAAGAUAGAAAAUGGUUAUGUGUUACAAGAGGGAAUUCUCAAUCACACAUGGUGAGGCAAGAGUCUCCCCUCAAAAUUGAAGAAUCAGAGCCUCUUCUCAGCAAAGGAAACUCAAGAACUCGAGCUGAAGUCGAUAUCAAGAAACAACCCUCGAGCCAAGUCCGCACGAGGAAUUCAUCACAGGAAAAUUACAAAAGUCUCAAACAGAUAUUUUCUGCAGCUGUGUUCUUGAACAAAAGUAGCUUACUCUUAGAAAUAGUGGCCGCAGAGAAGCUUGGUGGCUGCACUAUUGACUUCCAAAUAUGAAAAAACAAAAGAAAAAGAAGGGUGGAUAUCUUCCAUGGUUGGCCCAGCAUACCAAAUUUUCCAUUUUUCUUUCGAGAUCUCAGUGCUGUAGCUCGGAUAUUCUUUACCUAACAUAUGAAUGAGUAAUGAAAAGAAAGGGAAAAAGGUUGAUCGUAAGAAAA